AUGAGGUUUGCUAAUACUGCUGCAUUGCUAGUUAUCUUUGCUGGUUUGAUAAUUCCUGCUGCGGCCGACCUAUCACUCAUUGCUGACAAGUUGGAUACCAUUGGCGACAAGCUUCUCGACUUCAAAUGCAAAAAAUUGCAAUUAUUGGCAGAUAUAAGUGGAUUCCUUUCUGGUCUUAUACCCAGAGAGGAAGAAGGUAUUUAUGCAAGGGACUUGGCUAGUGUGCCUAAAGCUGCUUUUGUUGUUUCCAAUGUGGACAAGGUUGAUGAUGAACUUUACAAGAUUACUGCUAACUUCGAAACUGACCAAUCUGAUUUACUAGGAGAGCUUUUGCAGAACAAGGUAAAGAAAUUGUCGAUUUUAGGUACUGGUGUUGAAGAUGCUGUUUUGUUAAUUGGUGGAGACAAGAAUGUUACUAGUCCUACCAAGUGGAGUGCUGAUUUCCUUGUUAAACCAGACAAGAUCUUGAAUACUUGCUGCUUGCCUGCAAAGCUUGAAUUUGUUACUGAACUUAUUGAUGACGUUGGUGAUCUCAUUGAUGCAAUUAAAGGCGAACUUGGUGACAAAAUUAUAUAUAAACUUCAAGAAAUUACAGACAAAUUGGAAAGUUUCGAUCCUCUUACAUUAUUUGGUGACAUUCUAUCCAAGAUUACAGGUGGUGAUAACAUUCUUGACAAGAUCCCUAUUAUUGGUGAUAUCAUUGGUUCAAUUACUGAUGGUGCCGGCAGUCUCUUAGAUAUUAUCCCAGGCAUUUUUGGAAAGAGAGAAUUAAGUCAAAUGAUGGCCAAAAACAUCAAAACAGAAAUAGAAAAGAGAGACCUUACCAAACUUGCUGCUAUCCUAGAAUUCUUGAAGAGCAUUGAAACCCAAAAGGCUGAACUCUUGAAUUUUUGCUGGGAAUGUGAAUGUAAUUCGAGUUCUUCUUCUGAAGUGAGCUCCAGUACAGAAUUCAGUUCCGAAACCUCUUCUAGUUCCGAAGCCUCAUCUACAGAAUCCAGCUCUGAGACCUCGUCUUCUGAGGAAGUCUCAUCUUCUGAGUCCAGCUCUGAAACCUCAUCAUCUGAAUCUAGCUCUGAGACUUCUUCCUCCGAGGAAAUCUCAUCCACCGAGUCAAGUUCUGAGACCUCAUCAUCUGAGGAGGUUUCAUCCACUGAGUCCAGUUCUGAAAUCUCAUCUUCUGAGGAAAUCUCUUCUACGGAAUCUAGCUCUGAGACCUCAUCUUCUGAGGAAAUCUCUUCUACGGAAUCUAGCUCUGAGACCUCAUCUUCUGAGGAAAUCUCAUCUACCGAAUCUAGCUCUGAGACCUCCUCCUCUGAAGAAAUCUCAUCUACUGAAUCCAGCUCUGAAACCUCAUCUUCUGAAUCUAGCUCUGAGACCAGUUCUGAGACCUCAUCUUCUGAGGAAGUGUCAUCCACUGAGGAAGUCUCAUCUACUGAAUCUAGCUCUGAGACUUCGUCUUCUGAAGAAGUUUCAUCCACUGAAUCCAGCUCUGAAACUUCAUCUGAGGAAGUCUCGUCUACUGAAUCUAGCUCUGAGACUUCUUCCUCCGAGGAAAUCUCAUCCACCGAGUCAAGUUCUGAGACCUCCUCAUCUGAGGAAGUUUCAUCCACUGAAUCCAGUUCUGAAACCUCAUCUUCUGAGGAAACAUCCUCCAAUUCCGAUACUUCUUCUGAAUCUAGCGCUGAAACAUCAUCUACUUCUGAAACAUCCAGUUUUGAAUCUUUAUCUUCCGAAACUUCAUCUUCUGAAUCAACUGAAAUUUCAUCUAUUUCGAAUACUUCAAGCGAGACCGCUUCUUCUAGUGAAGUUUCAUCCAAUGGCACUUCUUCUACGGAAAACUAUUCUACAGAAGUUACUUCUUCUUCUGAAAGUGAAAAUAUCUCUGGCUCAACUUAUGAAUCUAGUUCAUUGACUUUGUCAAAAUCGGACUCCGAGACAGUUCCUUGUACUACAAUAAUUAUCACUACUUGUUCUAACGGAGAAUGUAUUCCUGUUACUGUUACUACUGGUUACACAGUUGUCUCCGGUGAUACUACCACUUACACUUCUCUCAUUCCGACUCCAGAAACUUACAUCUCAAUUGAAACUGUUACCAUCGAUGGUACCACCAAAGAAUAUCCAACUACCUUAACUGCUAAUGGUCCAACUGCACCUGGUCAAGUCACUACAGUAACUGUUUCAGGUCCCGGUUCUGGUACUGGUUCUGGUUCUGGUACUGGCUCAACUGGUGGCGGUUCCGACUCUGGUUCUACUGGUUCAGGUUCAGGUUCAGGUUCAGGUUCAGGUUCUGGCUCUGGCUCUGGCUCUGGUUCUGGUACUGGUUCUGGUACUGGUUCUGGUUCUACUGGUUCUGGUUCUGGUACUGGUACUGGUUCUACUGGUUCUGGUUCUACUGGUUCUGGUUCUACUGGUUCUGGUUCUACUGGCUCUGGUUCUACUGGUUCUGGUUCUACUGGCUCUGGUUCUACUGGUUCUGGUUCUACUGGCUCUGGUUCUACUGGCUCUGGUUCAACUGGUUCUGGUUCUGGCUCCCCUGGUUCUGGCUCUGGUUCAACUGGUUCUGGUUCUGGCACAGGUUCCACUGGUAGUGGUACUGGUAAUGAUACAGGUUCCGGCUCUGAAUCUGGUUCGGGCUCUACCGAUAGCGGUUCUGGAUCUGGAUCUGGAUCUACUGGUAGUGGUUCUGAGUCUGGCUCUACUGGUAGCGGUACAGGUACCGGUUCUGGUUCAACUGGCAGUGGCUCCGAAUCUGGUUCCGGCUCUGGCUCUACAAAUUCCACUGAAUCUGGUGCUGGCUCUGGUUCAGUUCCAAUUGUAUCUCAAGUCCCAACUUCUGGAGUAUCUACUGAACCUACGGUCGCAGUUCAAGAAGGUGCUGCUUCUAAUUCCUGGAAGAUUUCUUUCUCCGCUCUCCUUGCAGCUGGGGCAUUCUUCCUUGUUUAA